CUGUAUCAGCCGCAUAAACAAUAUCAGCAGCAAAUAAACUCCAACCUCCGUUCCAAGCUCGCUAAACAAGCACUAUCACCACCAACAAAGAAAGCAACCCUACAACUCGAUCGGCGGCUGGCGACGACAACUGCAUUAGUCGCAGCAACGUUAUCAGCAGCAAUUACAACAGUUGCAGCAUAA